AUAUAGGCAUGUUUUUGACGUAUUUGUAAUAAUAAGCCAAAUUGUAAGGUGGCGAGGAGUUACUGUACUCUUAAAAAAGGAGGGUGCCAUUUCAAACACUAAGUAGUGAACGCAACACGGACAUUAUUCCCAACACUGAUCGGGGUAAUAUCGGCGACACACUUUAGUGUUUCAAUGAAUUUCAAUGAUUAUGUCAUUCAAUGGUCACGUCUCAUGUGCUGCACAUGGCCACUCAUCAAGUCCUUCCUAAUCGCUUUACUUCCUGGAAACAGCAAGUGUCGAGCAGCAGAAAGAAAGUACACCUAAAUUCUACAUUUUCAUAUCUCGACCACUACUGCUGUAGUAGUUUCUUUUUUUUUUUUUAACUGAGUUCACUAAACUCACACACUUUGUUUAUCCAUUUUUAGGCUACAGUAUCACACAACUAAAACCACCACUUCCGUUUGCUUUAUUUCUGAGAGUCAGCCUCCUGAACAAAUAUUCAAGAUGACAGAGGGAUAGAAUGUUGAGCAUGACACCACACGGUCUCCUCGGCAACCACAUCAGAAUAUCCUCCACAUCCAGAAGGACAAAUGUGUUUGUACAAACACACACACACACACACACACACAGGUCAGAUCGCACACGUCUCAGAGCUGUGAGGAGAUUGAUGUAUAUUACAAAUUGUGUCCCUAUAAGAUAUAUUGUCUUGGCUUUAUUCCACCCGGAGGUUUACAGCGUUUAAUGGGAUUUGAUGUUAUGUUGAUAUUUAUGUUGUGACCUCAGAACAGACAUUCCGUAAUCUACUAAACUCUUGAGACUGAUGCUAUGAAGAUGCUGUAAGUUCUGCGAUAGAUUCCAUCCGUUUUCGUGAAACCAUAUGCCAAGCUCCACCAAGAGGGCCUCAGAAAAGCUUGGAGGGGGCGCCAUCAUGAUUUCCUUCAAUGGAACAAUGGAGCUUGAGGUUGUGCAGGGGUGUCAAAACGGCAGCUCUUAAUGUGGAGAUGUUGGGGGAUGACUGUCCCUCAUCUGUUUGGUAAUGGUGGGGUUUUUCGUGUUCCCCUGAGCUACGUCCAAUUGAGAACAUUUGGAGAUGGAUGACGAGGGAAGUUUACAAAAAUGGCCAUCAGUUCCAGACCGUGGCUGCCAGUUAUUCACGUAUUGCUGUUAUUAAAUAACAUAACUUUCUCAGUGGUAGAGGAGUAGCGGUUACUGGCACACAAGCCUAGAGCGCCCUCCCAUGGCUGUCACCGGCUGUGGAAGUUUGAAUCAUCUGAUGAACAGCCUAUAUAUUGCUUACUCAUAUUCUUUUUACAUUUUGAAGCCCUACUUAGAGCCUCAUUCAGAUCCAAACGUGUACAUUUUCAACCGGCAUUAAAAUUUGGAUGGAGUAUUACCGUCCAGGAGAGUAAAAAUGCAGCUUCCCACCACUGGAGACAUCAACGGAUGACUUUAGCAAGUUCCAAUGAAAAGAAGACAGACACAAACGUGUAGUAUUUCAAACUCUUUCAUGCUGAUGAUUCAAUUUAAUGCUAUUUUUAAACAAUUGUAGGAUUUCUUUGAAGUGUUUUUCUCCUUUGAGGUCUCUUUUUUUAUUUUUUAUUUUUUUUGGCUUCGGUCACCAUUGCAGUGCUUCUUCAUCUGGUCUGUCCUGGUCCGACCGCAGGGUUUCUGCAUAAAGCGGUGGACUUCAAGAGAAACAAAAAUGGGUCAUGUUGUUGACUGGCAACAAGUCAUUGUGUCAAGGCAGCAGCAUGGGGUGAAGAGGACUCUCCUCGGCUGACCUGAAGGCAGAUGACCAGUGAUGGCCACAGCAUCACCUCGACUUUCGGUGGACAAUGUGAAAAACACAGAACAGGAAGAAGAGCGUCAGGAGUUCCUGAGAUCGCUGGAGAGCAUCCUUCUCAUCAUCGUGCUGUCCAUCAUCAUCAUCAUGACGGUGUUUGGAAACCUGCUGGUCAUGGUGGCGCUCUGCAAGGAUCGACAUCUACGGAAGAAAAAGACCAACUAUUUCAUUGUGUCGCUGGCUUUUGCCGACUUGUUAGUGGCGCUGGUGGUGAUGCCCUUCGCCGCCAUCGAGCUGACCACCGGUGUGUGGCAGUACGGUGAGAUCUUCUGUCUGGUGCGAACGUCGCUGGAUGUCCUGUUGACCACAGCAUCCAUUCUGCAUCUCUGCUGCAUUGCACUGGAUAGGUACUACGCUAUCUGCUGCCAGCCUCUUGUGUACAGACACAAGAUGACCCCGCUGAGAGUGGCGGCGAUGCUCGGUGGCUGCUGGCUCAUCCCGACAUUCAUUUCCUUCUUACCCAUCAUGCAAAGUUGGAACGCCAUUGGCAUUGAAGAUAUUAUAGAGGAGCGGCGAGCCUUGGCAAGAGACUCCAACGACACAAGCUGCGUGUUUCUGGUCAACCGUCCGUACGCUCUCAUCUGCUCUACGGUGGCCUUCUACGUGCCGUUGGCCCUCAUGGUCCUGGCCUACCAACGUAUCUACGUCACCGCCAUGAGCCACGUGCGGCAAAUUGAGACGCUGCAACGCGCCGGCUCCGCCCCAGUGACCGGGACGGCCCCCGCCAUCACUGUGAGGUCAUCGACAUGCUCGGACCCGGCGGAUCACUACCAUCUCAGGACAGCGGGGAGCACCUCUUUCCCUGAGCCGGCUCCCAUAACGAACAGUCGCAUGCGCAUUGAGACAAAAGCGGCAAAGACCCUGGCGGUCAUAAUGGGGUGUUUCUGCCUGUGCUGGGCGCCCUUCUUCAUCACCAACGUGGUGGACCCCUUCAUUCACUACUCAGUUCCCUGGCAGCUAUGGACGACAUGGCUCUGGCUCGGGUACAUCAACUCAGGCCUGAACCCCUUCCUGUAUGCCUUCUUGAACCGGGCAUUUCGGAGGGCAUUUCUAAUGAUCCUUUGCUGUGGGGACGAGCGCUUUGUACGGCAGGCCAGCUACUCCUAUGGACCCGCCCACAGAGUGUGCUCACCAACAUCUGUCAACGGGACCUCUAUGGCACUAAGAUUGUCCUUCCUGCCGAAUCGGAGCUACUGUGACAACGGAAGAACGAUAUUGGCCAACGAGCAGGAAUCCCAGGACUUUCUAGAACCACUAUGAGGAAAGACUAGCUAUGAUGCCAAGUGUCCUCAACUGGCCUGCCUGCUUUAAUUAAGCGUGGUGAUUAGUUUUUUUUGAAUAUACAUAUAUUUAACAAAAACAUCGUCACUGGUGAUCAUUCUAAGACAGGGGUCCUCCAAGUGAUUGUUUAUGCAGUACUGCCUUCGCACCGCAGGGGGCAACAGCGAGGCGUACACGACGCGUCAAAAUGAGGCAGCAGUAGAAGAAAGCGGGCGGGCUUUAAACAAAUAUGGCGCUAGCAACUCUUUAAAAAAGAAAUAGAAGAGUAGGUUUUCUGUUAUAAAAAAGAAAUAGAAGAGUAGGUUUUCUGUUACUGGAAAUCUCACUUUUAACAGCGACUGGGCUACAGAACAUGCAGUGAGGAAGCCGAUGUUUUUACUUUGUAUAGAAGUAUACCCCGUUUUGAAUGCGCUUUCAGAGGAAACAUGGCAACUUUGACGCUGUCCAUCCGUAAUUAUUUGAAAUAAUUGAAGACACUGGACUUUAGUGGCUUGUUGCAGUACAGGUAAUAUCAAUCAGUCAAUAAUAUAAAUACACACAUGUAUACAUGUCUCGGUUUAAAUAUUGUAUUUAUUUUUUAACGAUACCAUCUGGCCCUCACAGUGUCUGCUGAGAAAAACAUUGGCCCUUGGACAAAUGUAAUCGAUGACCCCUGUUCUAAGAUCUCCUCAAGUGUGGAUCAAAGGAUUCAAAGAAAGUACAGGUGCUUUAUUGUUUUUCUAUCUUCUUUGAAAAUAACCCCAAGUCCAAUUUUAACUCAAGUUCCGCCAUUGACUCUCUUUAAAUGGCCACACAGAUGCAACAAGUCUUUUUUUAGAUUGACUUUUAAAGCACACGAUAUUCCAAAUGCCCUUAUAAAAAUUGUUGCACUUUAUGUAUUAGUUUCAAGAUGUGUGCUUGUUUAUGGGUAAGGUAUUUAUAGGAAGAUGAUAAGAUCAUGUUUGUCCUUUUUGUGCUUUCAAAUCAAUGUGCCCCAGGCGGGACAAAAGCCAAGCAAAGACAGGAAGUGUCCCACAUGCUAAAUAGACCGUUUCACACACACAACAAUUUAAAUAGUUUGGAUUCCGGAAUCUUGGAAUGCACACUUAUGGAAGCCCAUUUUCUGCCACUGAAAGAAAAAGAAUUCAAACAGCAAGGCAUAAUUAUUAUGAGGGGGGAAAAGUUGAAAUUAUGAGAAUUCAAAAGUCAUAAUGAUGAGAUGAAAGGUUUAAGUGAUGAAAAUUAAAGUCAUAAUUAUGAGAUAAAAACUUGGAAUUUAGAUUUCUAAAUGUCAUGAUGAUGAGAUUAAGUCUAAGUUAUGAGCUAAAAAGUUAACAUUUUGACUUUUUAUCUCUUAAAUUUGCCUUUUCUAUCAUUAUGACACCCUUGGAAUAUGUUUUUUUUCUUUGAGAAGCUGAAACUUGUUUCCGCAGACACUUGAUAUCUUGGAUCUUCCACACUGGAGGCCAGAAUUCAAUUUGAUGUAAUUGGAUUGCAAAGUGAAUAACACACAUCCAUUUCUAUGGAAAUGCAAUUAAAAUGGGGGGGGGGGGGUCGUUUUCGGGAUAUUUAUCCAUCUACAUGAGUAGAUACAUUAAAAUCCCCGAUCUUCCCAGCAUUAUUUGUCUUCACAGAUGCAGUAAGGAACAGUUAGUGACAAAAUGUGUAAUAAAUGGACUCUACGUUCCUGCAAAUCAUUAGUGCUUAUUUAUAUUUGAAGUGUCUUGCAAGGUGGCAGAUUCCCUCGAACACACUGGCCACAACAUUAGGUACACCUGCCUAUUCUGAGAGCCAAAGAGUUGUUUGUAUUUAACAUUAUGAAAUGACUACAACAUAUUUAACGUAAGUGGAUGUGUGUAUUAAUGUGGUAGUUGUUUGCACUGCAAGCUAUUCAGUUCCCUUCUGGUGGUUGUUGUAAAGACGGAUUUGAUCCACUUUUUAUACUCAUGCAGGUGUACCUAAUGCACUUGUACAGUGGAAGUCAGCCAAAGUUUAACGUUGUUCUUAUUCAAUGCAUUUUGCCCGUGGGGAAAUCAUGUAAAGCGAAUGAAAAAGUGAAGAUGUGAUGUUUGUUUGUUUUUUAACUCGUAGAGAUGUUAACCAUUGUAUAAGAAAACAAAUUAAAACACCAAUACAGUAAAGCUUCACCAUUUGAA